AAGGGUUGGUGCAGUGAGCAAUUUGAGCUUCCAAGGCAGGCAAUACUUCUCUAAGAAACCGGAUCGAGCACGCGAUCCGCAAGUGUUGCCAUUGCCGUCGGUACUCGCAAUUCCUGCCCACGUUCUUCAUAACUACACCCACACGACUCAUUUUCCAUUUCUUCCCCACCUCUCUCUCUCUCUUCUCUCUCUUCUCUCUCUCCCUCUCCCUGCAAAAUCUUUAUCUUCGACGUUUCUGCUAAUCAAUUCAAAUUAUUUCUAAUACCAGGUAAAAGCUAAUUGUUUUUUAUGGUGGGAAUUACUCUCCUGGUGUAAUCUUGCCUGUUCUUGAUUCUUGGGUUCAGAUGAGAACUUUGUCGAUGUACUUUUCAUCUUUAUCGCAACUGCCUAGAUCAUGCAGUGUUUAUAGUUUAGCUCAUUUUUGGAGUGAAGGUUUUCCCAAUUUGAGCAGGACUUGUGGAUACAAUUGUAGCCCUAAGCUACAUGAUUCCAGAAUUUAUGCGGUUGAUGGAGGAAACAGUAGGAAAUGGACUAGAAGAUCUCUGACCACAAAAACAGAAGGAAGAAACAAGAGCCCCAUAAAACUUAGGCGUGAAAUUUUAGAUGUAACGGUUUCAACAAGCGCUGCAUUAAAUAUAAAUAAAAUGGAAACAAGUCAAUACCAACAGACUCAACCCUUAGACUUUCGACAGGCAAUUGCUCAGAAUAAAGACUUAGCCGACUUAGUGACAGUUAUUGUUUUCGAUAUUGAGACUACUGGGUUUAGCAGAGAGAAAGAUCGAAUCAUAGAGGUUGCAUUUCAAGAUCUUGAAGGGGGUGAAAACAGUACUUUCCAGACACUUGUAAACCCUGAACGCAGUGUUCUAAAUUCACAUGUUCAUGGAAUUACAACCGAUAUGGUCAACAGGCCUGAUGUUCCAAGGUUCAAGGACCUCUUACCAAUCUUAGUCAAGUAUGUCAAAAGCCGUCAAAAACCGGGAGGUUGUGUAAUGUUGGUUGCUCACAAUGCUCGUACUUUUGAUGUACCCUUCAUUAGAAGUGAAUUCCUUCGCUGUUCCGUAGAUAUUCCUUCAACUUGGCUGUUCAGGGAUACCAUGCCUUUGGGACGUGAAGCAAUGAAGUCUGAAGGAUCAUCUUCAAGAAGUAUAUCGUUGCAAGCCCUUCGUGAGCACUUCCAGAUUCCGUUGGAUGGUACAGCUCACAGAGCCAUGGCCGACGUGAAAGUGCUGUCAGCAGUUUUACAAAGGCUGACUUGUAUUCUGAAACUCCCACUUUCUAGCCUUGUUGGAGAAGCUUUCUUAGCGUCGGAAGCUGGCACUGCAAAGAAAAAGGGUUCCAGAUAGGCAUGCUUCUGGUCAUUACUGAAAUACAUUCUCGUAACCAAUAAUCAAAAUGGUCUGGUGGCGUGGGAUUCCUCUCGCAGAGCUUCAAGUCGGAGCUGUAGAUUGCUCGAGGAUCCUAACGGCACCUGCUAGGGUUUGGUCGAAAAAGAAAACAGCUGAUCAUUGUAACUGUAAUACAUUGUUGUUUCUAAUAAUUUAUGCCCAGAAUUUAUUGAA